CUCUCUCUCAAUUAUUUACAGCCUUUUGCCUUUUUCUCCCACGACAAGAAAAAAAAAGAAUUUUUUUCCGCCAAAGUUCUUGAAGGCCAGAUGGGUCUUCCUCGUCUUCUUCCCCUCUCAAGCUUCGCCAUUUUGUUUAUCUUCUUCAUGCUUCACUCAAAACAAUCUUAUCCGGCCAUCAUACUGAGCUUGAAGAACCGCCAUGGGAGCAGCCAGUACAGCUCCAGCCGACCAGCUUUCCAGGGGAACAGGAGCACGUGUUCGCUCUUCAUGGGCACGUGGGUCCGCGACGACUCCUAUCCCCUCUACCGACCCUCCGACUGCCCUAACGUCGUCGAGCCCGAGUUCGAUUGUCAGAUGUAUGGCCGUCCAGAUUCCGACUACCUCAAGUACCGUUGGCAACCCCAGAAUUGCAACUUGCCCAGGUUCAACGGUGCUGAGUUUCUGUUGAAAAUGAAGGGGAAAAGCAUAAUGUUCGCGGGUGAUUCCAUAGGCAAGAAUCAAUGGGAGUCGUUGAUUUGCAUGAUCGUCUCAUCUGCGCCGACCACUCGGACCCAGAUGACCAGAGGCCUUCCUCUCUCCACCUUCAGGUUCCUGGAAUACGAGAUGACAAUGUCGUUCUACAAAGCGCCCUUCUUGGUGGACAUAGACGUGGUGGAAGGGAAGCGAGUUCUCAAGCUCGACGAGAUAUCUGGCAAUGCCAACGCAUGGCACUCUGCCGAUCUCCUCAUUUUCAACACCGGUCACUGGUGGAGCCACCGUGGUUCGCUUCAAGGGUGGGACAUGAUUCAAUCAGGCGGUUUGUAUUACCAAGACAUGGACCGGUUCGUGGCCAUGGAGAAAGCUCUUCGGACAUGGGCAUACUGGGUCGACAACAAUGUCGACAGAAGCCGAACUGGUGUUUUCUUCCUCUCCAUUUCUCCUACCCACGACAACCCGAGCGAGUGGACAGCUGGGACAUCUACCGGGGGAUCCAAGAACUGCUAUGGGGAGACAGAGCCGAUAACAGGAGCCACUUACCCGGUGAACUCGUACACGCAGCAGCUGAGGUCAGUGACGGAAGAAGUCCUCAGGGAUAUGCACAAUCCGGCUUUCCUUCUUGAUAUAACGAUGCUCUCGUCUCAGAGGAAAGAUGGUCACCCUUCUGUGUACAGCGGUCUAAUCAGCGAUUCACAGCGUUCUAAACCCUACCAGUCUGCAGAUUGCAGCCACUGGUGCUUGCCCGGUCUUCCUGAUACAUGGAACCAGUUGUUUUAUACUCUUCUCUUCUUUUAGCGAAUCAAUGAUUCUUGAACGUGCCGGGGAAAAGUCCCAGCAUGCAGGAGCGCUAUAUAGAAACUUGAGAUUUUUUUUUUCUUUUAUUAUUAUUAUCAGACAAUUGAAGAUAUCUGUUGAAGUUGGA